CCUCCGAUACUUCCCGCAUUAAUCAUCGCCGCCGCCGCCGCCGCCGUAUUUCCGCCAUAACCGCAGCUCCAUAUCCAUAUACAUAUACACACAAUGAUCAUUCAUAUCUCUUCUUCGUCUUCCUCUCUUCACUUCUUCCCAAUCAUCAAACCUUCUCUUUCCUCCUCUCUCUCUCCUCACUCCGUCAUGAUCCCCUCCGCUCUCUCUUUACCCACCACCGCCGCUGCAACCACAUGUCGCCUCUCCGUUGUCUCCGCCAUAUCUGGAGACCUAUCCAGCGGUAAACCCACCAACCCUUUACGGACUCUCCGCAUCGCUAUCGUCGGAUUCGGAAACUACGGCCAGUUCAUCGCCGAAACCCUGGUUUCUCAGGGACACAUCGUCUUCGCCCACUCACGAUCCGAUCAUUCCGCCGCCGCUCGCCGCCUCGGUGUCUCCUUCUUCGCCGAUCUCCACGAUCUCUGCGAGCGUCACCCUGAUGUCGUCAUCCUCUGCACCUCCAUCAUCUCCACGGAACGCGUCCUCAGAGCAUUUCCGUUUCAGAGACUUCGCCGGAACACGCUCUUCGUCGACGUCCUCUCCGUGAAGGAGUUCCCGAAGAAUCUACUCAUUGAGAUCCUCCCCAACGAUUUCGACGUUAUCUGCACACACCCGAUGUUCGGACCACAGAGUGUGAGAUCCAACAAUGGUUGGCGAGGUCUUCGGUUCGUGUACGAGAAAGCUCGAAUCGCCGACGAGAAAUCCAGAAUCUCGCGGUGCGAGGAUUUUCUGGGAAUCUUCGAGCGUGAAGGGUGCAAGAUGGUGGAGAUGAGCUGCGCCGAUCACGACAGGUUCGCUGCAGGGACUCAGUUCAUUACACACACUGUAGGUAGGGUUUUGGAGAUGCUGGAAUUGCAAUCUACGCCGAUUAACACCAAAGGGUACGAGGCGUUGUUGGAUUUGGUGGAGAACACUAGUGGGGAUAGCUUCGAUUUGUAUUACGGAUUGUUUGUAUACAAUAAGAACUCGCUGGAGAUGUUGGAGAGGAUGGAUUUGGCAUUCGAGGCACUACGGAAAGAGCUUUUCGGGCGGCUUCAUGGUGUUGUGAGGAAGCAGCUGUUUGAGGGUGAAGAUAGGAGAGUGAAUAUCUUUGCAAAUGGUCAUCCAAAGGCUGCUUCUUUGGACAUGGCAAGAUCGAAAGAUGCUGCACCGAAGUAUGAAUAUAAUGCGGAGCUCUCGGCCGUUGUUGAUGAAAGUUCAAAGCUCAAGAUUGCUGUUAUCGGAUUUGGCAACUUUGGACAGUUUCUAGCUAAAGCAAUGGUCAGACAGGGACACUCGGUCUUGGCAUAUUCUAGAACCGAUUACACUGAAGCGGCUAAGAAUCUUGGCGUCUCUUUUUUCUCUGACCUUGACGAUCUGUUCGAAGAACACCCUGGAGUUAUUCUUCUCUGUACUUCAAUCCUUUCCACGGAAAAAGUUCUCAAGUCACUCCCGCUUCAGAGACUAAAGAGAAGCACCCUUUUUGUCGAUGUGCUCUCUGUCAAAGAGUUCCCGAGGAACCUGUUUCUUCGAAUUCUCCCACCCGACUUUGAUAUUUUGUGCACACAUCCCAUGUUUGGACCAGAGAGCGGUAAAAACGGGUGGAACGGUCUUUCCUUUGUGUUUGAUAAGGUCAGAAUCGGAAGGGAUACAAGGAGAGCAUCCAGGUGUGACAGAUUUCUCGAUAUUUUUGCACGUGAAGGGUGUCGUAUGGUCGAGAUGUCUUGCGCUGAACAUGACUGGCACGCUGCCGGAUCACAGUUUAUCACGCACACCACCGGAAGAGUUCUUGAGAAAUUGAAGUUAGAGUCCACGCCGGUAGAUACCAAGGGCUACGAAACACUGCUCAAACUGGUGGAGAACACGUCCGGGGACAGCUUCGACCUUUACUAUGGGUUGUUCCUGUACAAUCCAAACGCGAUGGAACAACUGGAGAGGUUGGAUUUGGCUUUCGAAUCGCUGAAGAAGCAGCUGUUUGGGCGGCUUCAUUGCCUUCUACACGAGCAACUGUUUGGAAAUGACAACGAAUCCCGGGUCAGGCUGGACACGACCGACCUGUCAACGAGAGCCUCUUCGCACAGCUAAAUAUACCCUUUUUCCGCCAUGGACAAGCAUUUGGUGGUGGUUCCAGGCAAUAAAGACGGGUCCUUUAAGAGAAGUCAUCACAAGACUGGCUUCUUAACCUUCGACUUCGUCGGUGUUUGUUGUAUCAUUCAUCAUCAUCUUCUCCAAUCCAUUUUGUUCUUUAGAGGUGACCAAUGCGAAUUCAUAAGUGAUGUAUUUGUUUGGAUUCAGGGGAGAUUAUGAUAAGAAUUCAACACUGGGGUUGGUCCAAAUUACCCCUUUGUUCUUA